GUGCAUGAGGCUGGUGUUUGCCCGAGAGCCACCCAGUGCCCGCACGGACGCCCCAGGCAGCACCGGGAACCAUGUCGGGUUCCUACGAUGAGUCGUCGGCGGCUGCGGAGGAAACGACCGACAGCUUCUGGGAGGUGGGGAACUACAAGCGCACAGUGAAGCGGAUCGACGAUGGGCACCGUCUCUGCAAUGACCUCAUGAACUGCGUGCACGAGCGGGCCAAGAUUGAGAAGUCCUACGCGCAGCAGCUCACCGACUGGUCCAAACGGUGGAGGCAGCUCAUCGAGAAAGGUCCCCAGUACGGCAGCCUGGAGAGGGCGUGGGGUGCCAUCAUGACGGAGGCAGACAAGGUGAGUGAGCUGCACCAGGACAUGAAGAACAGCCUGCUGAAUGAUGACUUUGAGAAGGUCAAGAACUGGCAGAAGGAUGCCUACCACAAGCAGAUCAUGGGAGGCUUCAAGGAGGCCAAGGAGGCUGAGGAUGGCUUCAGGAAAGCCCAGAAGCCCUGGGCCAAGAAGCUCAAGGAGCUGGAGACAGCCAAGAAAGCCUACCACCUAGCAUGCAAGGAGGAGAAGCUGGCCGUGACCCGGGAAGCCAACAGCAAGGCAGAUCAGUCCAACACCCCUGAGCAGCAGAAGAAGCUCCAGGACAAAGUAGAAAAGUGCAAGCAGGAUGUGCAAAAGACUCAGGAGAAGUACGAGAAGGUGCUGGAUGAGCUGAAUAAGUGCACCCCGCAGUACAUCGAGAGCAUGGAGCAAGUCUUCGAGCAGUGCCAGCAGUUUGAGGAGAAGAGGCUCAACUUCCUCAAGGAAGUGCUCCUGGACAUCAAGAGGCACCUGAACCUGGCCGAGAGCAGCAGCUACGCCAACGUCUACCGGGAGCUGGAGCAAACCAUCCGCCUCUCGGACGCGCAGGAGGAUCUCCGGUGGUUCCGCAGCACCAGCGGCCCCGGGAUGCCCAUGAACUGGCCGCAGUUUGAGGAGUGGAACCCGGACCUGACGCACACGAUAACACGGAAGGAGAAGCAGAAGAAAGGCGAGGGGGUGACCCUGACCAAUACCAGCAGCAUGGGCGAGAGCGGGCCCCUCUCCUUCCUUUCCCCCCACCCCAGUGUAAGCAGCCACGACCGCGGGCAGACCUACAGCGCCGAGUGGUCCGACGAUGAAGGCAGCAACUCCUUCAACACCAGCGAGGCCAACGGUGGCACCAACCCCUUUGACGAGGAGUCGGUGGGGAAGGGCGUGCGGGUGCGGGCUCUGUACGACUACGAUGGGCAGGAGCAGGAUGAGCUCAGCUUCAAAGCAGGUGAUGAAUUAACCAAACUUGGUGAAGAAGACGAGCAAGGAUGGUGCAAAGGGCGCUUGGACAACGGGCAGCUAGGUCUCUACCCCGCCAACUACGUGGAGGCAAUCUAAGUCUUGUGGUGUGCUCCUUGUCGCCGUCAGCAGAUAAAUCCACCCUCCAUUGUCUCCAUCGCUCCACCAACCAGCCAUGUUGCUGUCUGGUCCUUCACUCCUCACAGUUAGAGAUUCAAACAUAUUUUCCGACCAAGCUUUUAUUUUUUUAAGAGUUGUCUCUGAAGAGUAUUUUGCAUAGUCGCUUUCUUCUUCUUCUAAGAUAACGUGAAGCGAAAGAUGACGUCGUCUGUUCGUCUGCGUUAGUUGAUC